UUGAAAUUAAAAAAAACACUACAACAGUCACUAUUAUUGUUUAAGCUCGCAGUUUCUGUUUUGCUUUCAAAAGUUUAUUUUCUUCUUCUCCGGCGCCGGAAAACCUAAUUCUCGAUGAGAAAAUCCAUCCGCCUAUCAUCCGUCGGCCUCGGCCAAGCUGCAGAACCGAUGGUGAAGAAUUUCAGUACUCGUUUUUCUCUCACGCCGUUUGCAAAGCGUGUUCAGAGUCUAACGGAUGAGCAAAGAUUGGCGAUCUCGCGAAUGGGAUUCGGUAGUUUGCUACUGGUUCCGAAUCAUUCACUUAACAAGGUUUUCCUUACAGAGGUAAUGGAGGCUUGGAACUCUGAGUUGCGAGUUUUCGAGAUGGGUUCUGGGGAGAUUGGGUUUAGUUUGUUGGAUGCUUCUUUGAUUUUGGGGCUUCCGGUGGUGGGACACCGUGUGGAGCUGAGUGAUGAUGAAUUGUUUUCUGAAUUGGAAGAGGAGUACGGGGCUUCACGUGCGAAGAGAAAGGUGUCCAUGGCUAGUCUUGAAGCGAGGCUUGAUUCUAUUGGGGAAGUUGUGAGUGAUGAUUUUGUGAGGAGCUUUUUGCUUUUUACCAUUGGGACUUUCCUUUCUUCGAAUGAUGGGAAAGUGGAUUCAAGGUACUUGUCUUUUCUUGGGAAUUUAGAUGGGGUUUCUGGUUUUGCUUGGGGUGCUGCUGUUAUUGAAGAUUUGUGUCAGUGGCUUGAUAAGAGGAAAGACAACAAUGUACAAUAUGUUGGUGGUUGUCUCAUAUUUCUCCAAACAUGGUCCUACGAGCACUUUGAUCUGGCUCGACCAAAUUUGCUAGAUGAAGAUAAGACUUUUCCUCGUGUGUGUCGAUGGGAUCACAGUAAAUCUCACCCAAGGCAGCGGGGUACUUCAAGGUUUAAGGAUCUACAUGAUGAUCAGAUAAUUUGGAAACUUCAACCUACGUCUCAAGAGUUACAAAUAGACAUAAUAAAAGAAGCAAUGGAGUUACUAGGUGACAGCAAGGUUAAAAGGGAUGGAAAUUAUUCAACAAGCACAUCAAGUAAUGUUUCAGAUGAAGAUGAACAGAUACAGCUUAGUAGCUCUAGUAAAAUAUAUACAGAAGACGGGAUUAAUUUUGAGAAUCAGGUAGUAGCGGACACUCCCACACGGUUGGCCACUUACGAUGAAGAGUAUAAAGAACAGAAAAUCAAUAUUGAAAAUCUGAUAAUCGAGGACACCCCCUCCGAUUCAAGCACUCCUGUUGAAUUAGGCAGAGAGGAACAGUUCCAAUUUCAAAAAUUAAUGAUGGAGGACUCUUUCACAAAUUUGAGCAUAUCUGAUUCUGAGGAUGGAGGUAGAGAAGAUGGUUUGAACACUGAAAAUCACAUAAUGGAGGACACAACCGCAAAUUUGAGAAUUGGAGAUGACGAAGUAGGAAAAGAGGAAGAGUUGAUCGCUGAAACUCUCGUAGUGGACGACACUCCCCCUAAGUUCAGCUCUGAUGAUGUUGAUUUAAGGAAGAAAAAUAUCAUGUUAGAAGAGGAAAUUACCGAAUUGAAGCUGAAAAUAAGCCAACAGAUGGAAGAAAUUGGUGUUCUCCGUAGAGAGAAUUUAUCAAAAACACAAUUAAAAAAGGAGAACGACGAGUUGAAACAAGAGGUAGACAUCUUGAAACACAAUUUAUAUGGCUUUGCAGGCCAAUUAGAGAGAUAUAUGAAGGAUUGCCAGUCUGAUGCAAUUGAAUAAAACACUGUCCUUGAAUGUGGGCAUGUUAAUGUAUAUAAUAUCAUAUGUUUGUUAGGGGUUGUGUGUUAGGUUAGGACUAGGAGGUUCUUUCGAGGUUUCUUUUUAAGUGAAACCAUGAAAUUCUUUCCGGGUAAUCAUACCUAUUUAUUUUUAUCUUUGUUGUACAUUAUGUAAUGUCCAAAUGCCUUGCAAGGCAUUGGAGUUCAAAUUAUAUAUAGUUACCUAUUUCUUAUCACAAGGAAUAGGCGACUAUUGAUUUUUUUUUUCUAGUGAAAUUUAGUAAUUUAUCCUUAAGUUGUUGGAUAUAUUGUAAUAUUAUAAUUACCUUUUUCUUAUCUUAUUGUUAUGUUUUUCCA